AUGGCGAGUACAUUAGAUGUAUCAAGAGCCGAGCUUGCUCUUGUGGUAAUGUAUUUGAACAAAGCAGAUGCAAGGGAUAAGUUAUGCAGAGCAAUACAGUAUGGUUCCAAGUUCUUGAGUGGUGGACAACCUGGUACUGCUCAAAUUGUUGACAAAAACACUAGCUUAGCUAGGAAAGUCUUUCGUCUUUCCAAGGAGUGA